AUGUUUGGAACAAAAUUUUAUAUAUCUACUCAAGGUGAGGAUGGAGUUAAAAAUUUUAAAUAUAAAGGAGGAAGCGACUCAAUUCUUUACACUUAUCUAUGGUCUCCGUUGUGUAAUUGGAUAGUGGAAAAUUGGGUACCUAAGUGGAUUGCUCCGAAUGUUAUUACAACAAUAGGUUUUCUAAUCCAUGUUUUUGUCCAUUUAUUGGUAAUGUUCUACAGUCCCAAUUUGCAAAAUAACUUACCCUCCUGGGUUUGUAUAUUGAUGGGAUUCGCUUUAUUUUCAUACUAAAUAUUAGAUAAUCUAGAUGGAAAAUAGGCUAGAGCUACUGGUAGUUCUUCUCCUUUAGGAAUGCUUUUUGAUCAUGGGUGUGAUGCUGUAGCAACAUGGAUGGUAGUUAUGAAUACUUUAGCAAUUCUUUAAAUAUAAAGCAUUAGGUUUUAAUAUUAUGUUAUUCUUUUUAUUGGUCUGGUCCCAUUCUACUUUGCUAUGUGGAGCUAAUAUCAUUUAGGCGUUUUUAGAUUAGGAUAUAUUAAUGCAGUGGAUGAAGGUUUACUUUUCACUGAGAUAUUGUAUGUUGCUACAGGCAUAUUUGGUUAGUAGAUUUGGUCUUACAAAAUUGAAUUUUUAGGUUUUACAACUGCAGAAGCUAUGCUGAUUUCUACAUUUUUUAUGUCAGUUUUACAAAUUAUAUAGUUCUCAAAUGAUUUAUACAAAACUGUGCCAUUUAUCAAGUUUUUAGAUGCUCUCAAACUUCAUUCUUGCACUAUUUUGCUGAUUAUAACUUUUAUAUCAGCUGACAUAUUUAUAGGAUUAGAUUUUAUUUCUUAACAUUUCCUUUUGUUUAUCUACUCUCUUUGCUUUGCAUGGUCGAAGAUAAUAGGUCAUAUCUAAUUGGCACAUAUAACUGAAGAAAAGUUCGAUUAAUGGAGAUAUAGCUAUUUGUUUGUGAAUGCCUCUUAUAUACUAGGCGGUUUCUAUUGCUAUUUAACUGGUUCCUCUUUAUCAAAUUUAGUUUACCUUAUUUAUUUAAAUUUUUUUAUAGCUUUCGUUUGCUAUACUCACUUUGUUUACUGUGUAUUCAACCACUUAGCAGAUAUUUUAGGGAUUUACAUUUUUAGAAUAGGAAAGAGAGAAAAUAGCUUAAUAAACGAAAAGGGAUUUAUCUCUUUAACUAAAGAAGAUGUUUCAUCAUCAUCUUAAUGA